AAAAAAAAAAAAAAACAUUUAUUUCCCCCCGAUAGCCCCAGAACAAAAUUUGAGUCUUCAUUCCGAGUGGAGUCGUUGCACACAACUUUGUGCGGUGUAGGGGUUCAAUGACUGUGGCGGCCUUGGUUGCUGCGGCGCGCGAGUCUUAUCAGUAAAAAUAGGCCGUCUUCCAUCCCAAAAAACAACUCUCAGCCAACACCCCGCCAGGACUCCCAAUCUGCCCUAACGACUCCGUUAACCCAACAGAACUUAGAUCCACAUCCGCAAGUUUCCUCGCAAUUGCAAUAGCGUAUUGUUGUUCCGCAAUUCCAGCUCCAAACCUGCUACUUCGAGUUUUAUUACCAGAGCCCCUUACUAUUCGUUACCCGACUCCCAGAAGCCUAGCCAUGGCUUAAGGAGCGUGAUAUGACACCACACCACAACGCUCAACCUCAAACAGAAUUCUCCUGCACAAAGCAGGAAAGCUUCUCGCAGGCAGACUCCGUCUAGAAUAACAGACCUUGUGUGAGCUGAGUGGCCUGGAGAACUUACUGGCCAAACGAUGGAGGACCAGGUAGCGAACGCCAUUGAAAUUGCCUGGAACCCCUCCUCCGACCAAGCGCUCAAGGCACAGGCAUUUGAAUACCUCAACCAGCUCCGAUCGGACCCUUCAGGAUGGCACGUGUGCCUAUCCAUCUUCACCAAAUCGCCCCGUCGCUCGGAGGUUGUGCGCCAUUCUGCUCUAGAGAUUGUCAAUAGUGCGACACAGACCGGUCUAGUGGACAUGCAGGGUCUUGGGUAUAUCAAGGAUACAAUGAUGGAAUAUCUGGGCCAGGUAUAUGGCCUCGGGCCCGCCGCUCAGAUCGACCCAGCCAGCAUUCAGAAUAAGGUGGCCCAAACGUUGACAUACCUUUUCUCCGCCCUCUAUGGCAACGGAUGGGAGACCUUUUUUGACGAUAUUAUCCGUUUAACGUACAAAGGUCCCCAGAGCUCAUCCAAGGAUAACUCCCUCGGGAUCAUAUUUUACCUCCGGGUCAUUAACUCUAUCCACGGCGAGAUAGGAGAUGUGCUGCUCUCGAGGUCACGGGUCGAACAGGACAAGGCAAAUCUGCUGAAGGACCUUAUACGCCAACGGGACGUGCAGAAAAUUGUUAGCUCCUGGCAGGAAAUUCUGUCACAGUGGCAGAAUGGAAGCGACCCGAUAGCGGAGAUUUGCCUAAGAGCCAUUGGCAGUUGGGUCAGUUGGAUCGAUAUCUCGCUAAUCGUCAACCAGUCUAUGCUUGAUCUGCUCUUCCAGCAGCUUGCCAGAGCCAAGGAUGUUAAUCUCCCUGAGGGUGGGGAGAAGGUUCGGGAUGCAGCAAUUGACGUAUUUACUGAGAUUGUGGGCAAGAAAAUGAAGCCUUCGGAUAAGAUCGAUAUGAUCGUGUUCCUCAAUUUAGAGAGUAUUGUGGCUCAACUUACUGCAAGCCCUCCGUUGCACGACCAUCGCUUCACCUCUAAAUACGACACUGAUCUGGCAGAAACGGUGGCUAAACUGGUGAACAUGACGACGAUUGAUAUCGUCCGAGUUUUAGAUAAUGAGACUAUCGACUCCGCCACUAAGGAAAAGGCUGAGACUCUUCUACAAUCGUUUCUACCACAUAUUCUCCGAUAUUUCGCAGAUGAGUACGAUGAGAUAUGUUCCACCGUUAUCCCUUCAAUGAACGAUCUCCUGUCCUACAUCCGCAAAAGCGCCAAAAAGAAUCCAGCUCUUGUCCCUCAGCAAACCAGUAUGCUGAUGCCAAUUCUAAAGGCUAUCAUUGCUAAAAUGAGAUACGAUGAAACUUCGACAUGGGGCGACGAGGAUGAGCAAACAGACGAAGCUGAGUUUCAGGAACUCAGGAAACGGCUAAACGUACUUCAGCAAAUCGUUGCAUCCUCAAACGAACAGCUUUACAUGGAUGUUGUGAGUGAGGUGGUUGGGACUACUUUUGAAAACCUGAGACGGCCUGGCUCCCAAGUUGACUGGAGGGAUCUAGAUCUUGCCUUACAUGAGAUGUUCCUCUUUGGGGACCUAGCUGUGAAAUCGGGCGGCUUGUACGUCAAAAAUAAAUUGAAUAAUGCUGCAGCAGAAAGGCUGGUGGAGAUGAUGCGAAGCAUGGUUGAAGCUGAUAUCAGAUCAUUUACCCAUCCGGCAACCCAGCUCCAAUUCAUGGAAAUCUGUGUGCGGUACAGCUCCUUUUUCGAUCAUCAUGUCCAUCUCAUCCCGGGUGUCUUAGAAAGUUUCCUACAAUUAGUUCAUCAUCCAGUCAAGAAAGUCAGUACUAGAUCUUGGUAUCUCUUUCAUCGACUCGUUAAGCAUCUUCGGAACCGCGUUGGGAAUGUUGCGGAAACCGUCAUCAAAGCUCUCGGUGAUCUCCUUGUCAUCCGAGCAGAAGUGCCUCAAGAAGGGUCUGACGCGGAUGACAUGUCAUCAGAAGACCACCAGGGCUCCGCAGACGCUGUCUUCAAUAGCCAGCUAUAUCUCUUCGAAGCCAUUGGCCUUAUUUGUUCUACGACUGCAGUCCCUGUUGACCAACAAGUCAUUUAUGCUCAAUCUGUCAUGAAUCCUAUAUUCAUGGACAUGGAGCGACACCUGGGGGCUGCUAAGGAAAACGACGAAAGAUCCAUCUUACAAAUUCACCAUGAUAUAAUGGCGUUGGGAACACUCGCUCGAGGGUUCUCGGACUGGACUCCAGGGACUACAACACCUACGUCGCCCCCGGCACCGGAAAUAUCCGAUGCGUUCAGCCAAGUAUCCGAGGCCACCUUGGUGGCUCUUGAGUCUCUGAAAUCAUCAUUUAAUAUUAGAACAGCGUCCAGGUUUGCAUUCUCCAGACUUGUUGGCGUUCGCGGUUCGCAGAAUUUACCACAACUCCCACGGUGGAUUGAUGGAUUAAUGACGGAAACAUCCUCCAAAGAUGAGAUGGCUUUGUUUUUACGCUUACUAGAUCAGAUUAUUUUUGGCUUCAAAACCGAGAUUUAUGGUAUGCUGGACACCCUCUUAACGCCCUUCCUCCAGCGGGUAUUUGCGGGAAUUUCUGACCCAACGACGGGCACCGACGAUGAGAUUCAACUUGCGGAACUGAAACGGGAGUAUCUCCACUUCUUGCUAAUUCUCCUGAAUCAUAACCUCGGACCGGUCAUAAUUAGUAGUACCAAUCAGCCUAUCUUCGAAACCGUCAUUACCACCAUUGAACAUUUUGCAAGGGAUGUCGACGAUUUCCCCACGGCUAAGAUGGCAUUCUCAGUCCUGUCCCGUAUGUCCAGCCUAUGGGGCGGGCCAGAUAUCAACGAACCCGCAGAUACCUCCAAUGGCGAUAUCGCUACCCAGGCCGCCCUGCCGGGUUUUGCUCAGUUCAUGAUCACCCGCUUCUCCCCUCUCUGCUGGUCACUUCCCAUGACUCCCACCUUCAAUCCGAAGGAUGCGCAAGCCAAACAAGUCCUGGGCGAGGCGGCUGGCUUACAAAAGGUCAUAUACUUAAAGACAGGACAGGAGUAUAUUGAAUGGCUUAGAGGAAGAGAAUUGCCUGGGUUGGGAAUGGGGGGGGAUCUCAUUGAUGAGUAUGUCGGAUCUUUGGAGCAGCUGGAUGUAAAGGGAUUCCGGCAAUUUUUUCAGUCGUUUAUCCAACGAUUAAGCGCAUGAUACCACAGAGCUCUCGCUGUCACCGUCUUACCCUCUACGACUAUCUAUACAACAAAUAUAUAUAUAUAUUUUUUUAUCUAUAUACCAACCUCUUUAACCCUAACGGCCUUCCCAUCAACCCCACGCCUUCUUCCACUCUGUUUUCAAUCAUGGAAAAGACGAGGACUUCUAAAAACUCAAAUUAUGCAUUUGACCUUAAACUCAUGAUCUACAAUUCCAAAAAUCUGCAUGAUAAUUACUUUUCACAACUAUACUUCGAUUCAUCUCUCCCUUCCUUCCCUCCCCCUUCCCUUGUCCUCUUUUAAAAUUUUGUUGUUUGCCAAGACACACAAGGGCGACAGAUACAUGUGCAUUCUAGGCGUUGAUCCCCCCUAUUUGAUCAUAUUAUUUUGUUGAACAAAAAAACCAAUUGCGUUGCCCUUCGCCACCCCUUCUUCGCGUUUCUUCAGUUAUUCCAUUUUAUUUUCAUAUGGCAUACGGCAUGAAUUUUUCUGCAUUUAUGCCCAUUUUAUGAAGCACUGAACAAAAUAGUAGUGGAGAGGAGAUACCUGUUCGCUUUUUUUUUCCGCAUUUGCUAAGUUUUUGAGUUUGCCGUUGUGUUUGGGCUGUUUGGGCUGCGGGAUAUUGUUUUGAGUCCCUUUUAUUUAUGAAAGAGGUUGUUUACUUAUCACUAGGACGGCGAAGAUAAUUGUUGAGGGGGCGAUUGAUGCUAGGGUAAGGAAUUGGUGCUGGGCCUUAGUACCUGAUACCAUUGAUAAGCACCUGGGAAGCGUAACGGGGCAAAUGGUUGGGAGGGAGAGCAGAGGGAUGGUGGGGUGGUAGUAAGGGUGAAGGGAAGGGGGGCAAGUACAAUGUUGAAUAGAUAGCUAUGCUUUUGGCAAAUGUUAUAGCAAAGCGUAUUUAGUUGGCCGAUGGGCCGCGAUGGAUGAUGACAAUGAAUAUAAAAGGAUCUAGAUUUAAAAUUAUUAUAUGUAUCCAACAUAUGAUAAGCGUAGAGAUAGUUGGAUUUUAUCAUUUCAACUUUCUCAGCCUUCGGCAAAAUAAACAGUACUCCGUACACAAUAUAUCAAAAC